AUGCGCGCGAGUAGCUGCAUCAAUGCAGCAACAAGCCUCUUGCUUGCCACGCUGUCAGCCGCUCGCAUUUCCCGGCGUCACCACCUGAACCGUCUGUCGUCUCGUUCGCCCAAAGAGUACAGCAGGAGAUCCGAUAUCCCUACUCAAGAAGGCACUUUCCAGCAGCUGAUUGACCAUAAUAACCCCGACCUUGGCACCUUUACCCAACACUACCUAUACAACGCCGAGUACUAUGCCGGACCUGGCUCACCAAUCGUGCUAAAUACGCCGGGCGAAGAUGUGGUAGAUGGCUUUUAUACCACCAACAACACUCUUCCUGGCCUGUUUGCCCAGACUAAUAACGCUGCCGUUAUCGUGCUCGAGCAUCGAUAUUGGGGCAAGAGCUCGCCAUAUGAUAGUCUGUCUACCACUAAUCUGCAAUACCUUACCCUUGAGAACGCUAUCCAAGACUUGAUUUACUUUGCCCAUAAUGUUCAGCUACCAUUUGAUGUUGAUGGAGCGUCCAAGCCAACAAAGGCGCCGUGGAUUUUAACGGGCUGCUCAUAUCCCGGUGCUCUUGCAGCAUGGACGCAUCAUCUCGCGCCCGGCACUUUUUGGGCGUACCACUGUACAAGUGCUGUGAUUGAAAUCAUUUCCGACUUUUGGCAAUAUUAUGAGCCCAUCAAAGCAGCUAUGCCUACGAAUUGUUCUACCGACAUGCAACGGGCGACUGAGAAAAUUGAUAAAGUUUUAUCACACGGGACCAAAACCCAAAAGCACGCCUUGAAAAAGACAUUCGGCCUUGAGGCUCUUACCCAUGAUAAUGAUUUUGCAGAGUCUAUUCUUGGCGGCCUUGAAGAGUGGCAAGGCAUGACGUUUGCCAGGUCGGACAAACCGAACCUGUUGUACCAGUUCUGCGACUACCUCGAGAACAUGUGCCCGGAUAAAGACAAUACCACCAAUGACUGUCGUACUACGCCUCCAGGGCCGGAAGGUGUUGGCCCCAGCAGAGCCCUGGACGGCUUUGCCAAGUGGUCCAGGGAAGUCUAUCUGCCCGGAGUGUGUGCGGAAUACGGCUACUGGAGUGAUAAUAACACCGUCGCGUGCCUGGAUAUGAAUGACAAGAACAGCCCCUUAUACAAGGAUCUCUCCGUAAAUAACACACUCAAUAGACAGUGGUAUUGGUUCCUCUGUAACGAGCCCCUUGAAUUUUGGCAGGUCUCCGGCCCUCAAGACACCACGGGAAUUGUGUCCAAGUACCUCGACGUGGAAUACGGCCGAAUGCAGUGUCGAAACCUCUUCCCACGACAAGGCAUCCAUACAUAUGGGCUUGCAAAGGGCCGAAAUGUUGGCCAAACUGAGAGAAGGAUGGGCGGCGGUUGGCAUCAUGUUGAUGUGAACACCACACGUCUCAUGUGGGUGAAUGGGGAAUAUGACCCGUGGAGGCCGGCUACGGUAUCAGCAGAUGCACGGCCAGGCGGGCCAUUGCAGUCAACACCCGAGGCUCCCGUUUGGGUCAUUCCCAAGGCGGCGCAUUGUAAUGAUAUGCUUGCUGAAGAGGCUGUUGUGAACCCGGAACUGGGCCAGAUUGUGGACGAGAUAUUGGCUACGAUGAAGGCGUGGGUUGAUGAAUAUUACAAAAAGGGCCAGGACACAAGGUCACGCUGGAGUUAG